CAUUCAAACACCCCGUGUAGCUCUUAGCAGGAAGAAAGACUAAAGUUUGCAAUUUGUCAAAUCCCACGUCCACAUUACACAACAAACCUCUGAUUUACGAAACCCAAAUUCAUUUCUCCAAAUCUAAAUUACCAAUUAUGAAAAACUCCGACAACCUCCUCUGGUCUCCGGCCACCACCGCCGCCGCCCCUCAGUUCCGGUCUCUACCAAAGCUCUUAAUCUUCCUUACCCUUUUCCUCUCCGUCACUUACAUCGUCUACACUCUCAAAAUCCUCUCCUCCGACGACCCCUGCCCCGACGCCGACCAACCCAUCACACUCAGCACACAAAAUCUCCCCAUUUCUUCUUCAAUUUCAUCUCCCAUCAGAAAUCAAACAAUCCCCAAUUUCCCUCAAAAACCCCACAUCCAAACCGAAAUCCAAGACAUCGUGUUCGGAAUCGCCGCAUCGGCCAAUCUCUGGGAGACGAGAAAAGAGUACAUCAAGCUCUGGUUCGACCCCAGAAAAAUGAGAGCCGUAGUGUGGAUGGACGAGCCGGUGGCGACUAAAACAGAGGAUUCCAAACUGUUGCCGCCAGUGGUGGUGUCAGGGGACGCGGGGAGGUUCGCUUACAGGAAUAAACAGGGGCGACGGUCGGCGAUAAGGAUAUCGAGGAUAGUGGGGGAAACGGUGCGUUUAGGGGCAGAGAAUGUGAGGUGGGUAGUGAUGGGGGAUGAUGAUACGGUGUUUGUAGCUGAGAAUUUGGUGAGAGUGUUGAGGAAAUACGAUCAUAAUGGGUUUUAUUACAUCGGAAGCUCGUCGGAAAGUCAUUUGCAGAACAUUCAUUUGUCGUAUGGAAUGGCGUAUGGAGGAGGAGGGUUUGCGAUUAGUUAUCCGUUGGCGAAGGCGAUUGAGAAAAUGCAAGACGGGUGUUUGGAGAGAUAUCCGGGGCUUUAUGGGUCCGAUGAUCGGAUUCAGGCUUGUAUGGCGGAACUCGGCGUUCCACUCACUAAGGAACUCGGCUUUCACCAGUACGAUGUUUACGGCAACCUGUUCGGGCUACUUGCUGCACACCCAGUGACACCAUUAGUAUCACUUCACCAUCUUGACAUCGUCGAGCCCAUCUUCCCGGACACCACAAGACUCGAAGCUCUCCGUCGACUCUUAGUUCCAAUGUGGCUAGACUCGGCAGCCUUAAUGCAGCAAUCCAUCUGCUACGACAAAGCCAGGGGGUGGACCAUCUCCCUCUCUUGGGGCUUCACAGUCCAAAUCUUCCGUGGCGUUUUUUUGCCCCGGGAGAUGGAAAUGCCGUCGAGAACAUUCCUCAAUUGGUACCGAAAAGCCGAUUACACCGCUUAUGCAUUCAAUACUCGGCCUGUUACCCGAAAUCCUUGCCAGAAGCCCUUCAUAUUCUACUUUUCAAAUGGCACUCUCAACUCCUCGUCAGGCCUUAUUGUAACGGAGUAUUUGAAAGACCGUUCACCACAUCCCUUUUGCAAAUGGAAGAUGGCUGAUCCUGCUCUCCUUCAAAUGGUCAUGGUGUUUAAGAAACCCAACCCCAGCCUUUGGGAUUCUGCUCCGAGAAGGAAUUGUUGUAGAGUAAUGGGAAUGGAGAAGGAAGGAGUGUUGAGUAUUGAUGUGGGUACCUGCAGGGAAGGAGAGAUCAGUAUUUAAUUAAUUCUAUCUUCUUCUUAUUAUUAUUGUAAAGAGAGUCUCUCUUUCGACUUUUGCUUCUGUUCUUAAAGGUCAAUUCAAUUUCUUUGGUUUAGACUCUA